AUGCGGCAGGCACGCGCUUCGCACGCCACCGGCGCGGUCCGGCCGCCGCCGCUGCUGCUCCUCCUGGCGGCGAUGCUGGCCGCGGUCGGCGCCACGGCGCACGCGCUCCAGGACCCCGCCGAUACCACUAAGCCUACGUACUGGGGAUCCGACAAUCGGCUUAUCCGAGGCUAUACGGACAGCAAGGGGCGCCAUUACCCACGGCUGCCCUACUAUCCAAUUGACGACGACGACAAUAUGGACAACCGCAUAUCACCGCCGUCUGCGUCGCUCUACGAGAGGCUGCCGUCGCCGCCCCCGCAGCGCCGCCCACAGCAGGCACGCAGACGGAUGAGGCCGGCCGGCUCUCGAGAGGGCGUCUUCCGCACCUCCGGCCACGGCAGCGUGCGCAUCCCUUACCCGGGGGCCCACGUCCACGUCAACAACGACGCCCCUUCGCGCAAGCUGUACUGGGGCGCCAUCAAUGCGUCUGUGACGCCACCGGAGCAGGCGCCUCUACGCAGGUACCCGCCCGAGAAGCGCAGUGGGUCAGGUGCGCGGCCGUGCGUGAGGUGCCCGGGCAGCCGUGCAGUCGUGGCCAGCCGCGGGAAGCGGAGGGUGCUCGUCGAGCAACCAGAACUGUCGCCCUGCCCCAACAGCCCAGUGUUCCCACUGACAGAGCUCAUGCUGGACUGGGUUCAUGGACCAAAGCCUGGAACUCUGGCUGAAGAGGGUGAUCACACUGUAGUUGUACGCAUGUUGUAUCGUCGAAGGGUGCUGCAGAAAUGCCGUUACCGCUACAGUGUUGUAGUUAGAAGAUGUCCUGUGCUAUCUCUGCCCAGCACCUUGAUAGCAAACUGCUCAAUGGAUAAUGUCUGGGGAAGCACAUGUGACUUGAGAUGCCCUCAUGGCUACUUUUUAAAGGGGCAUUCAAGAAUCGAAUGUGGCGAUUCACUAAUGUGGUCACACCCAAUUCCUCACUGUGAAGAGAUGUCAGCAUGUCCAAUGCCUAUGAGCCCUGAGCAUGGUCGUCUCAGCUGUAAGACUCUUGGAAGCAGCCCACCUGGCACACUACCUGAACAUAGUGUUUGUCGUUACGAAUGUGAUGACCAUUAUACUAUACCAGAUGCACAGCACAGCUUGAUGGUUAUUGAAUGCAAAGGAGGGGAAUGGAACAGCACAGCUGAUCCAAGUUGCCUUGAGAUGGCUGAGAAGAGGCACAGCCCACAAGUUCCUGCAAAAAUACGAAGACAUCGAAGAAAUCGCCGCAGGCAUCGAGCUCAUAGAAGCAGAAUUCCGUUUCCAAGAGCAACUGCUCAGGGGUUGACUGCUGAUCCGUGCAGGCCCAACCCCUGUCAGGGAGGGGGCACUUGCUUACAGGGUCCUCCUUAUGCACCAGUUAUCUGCCUGUGCCCACCUCACAGACAAGGAGAUCUAUGUGAAAGGGCACAAUGUCAUAAUGAUACAUGCCAGAAUGGAGGAAAAUGUAUGGUUAUUGCCAAUGAAACUGCUUGCUACUGUCCUCCUGGGUAUUCAGGAUCCCAGUGCCAGGAUGCCAGGUAGCUGAUAUGAUGUAUUAACAAGUCUCGCCUGAAGUACAACCAUUGGCAUAUGGAAACGUAUCAACUGUCUCCUACAGUAUCAUCUACAGAACCAGUAGUGUUAUCAAAGUAAAGAAAAGAUUGUGAGAGUGGAAAUAAAAUAUUCUGAAGUCUGUAGGAGCCAGGAACUCACCAAUCUAGUCUACUUAUAUAUAAGAAUUUUAGCCUUAAGAAGAAAUCAGAUUUUAGAAUAAAUGUUAAAUAGUGAGAUCCUCAUGAAACCUAACACCUUCUGAAUAUGUAGAGGGAAGCUUUUAGUACUUAGAGCACCACAAAUAAUUAUACAAAUACAGCUGAUUUUCUUGUCCAGUACAUAAUAAACCUAUUUGUGAACUAGGAUAUAAAUAGCGCAAGCAUUCUUUCUGUGAUUUAGCUUUGAAUUACAUACAUUUUAAUAAUUCCAUAUAAUAUAGGUUAUUUUUAUUGUUUCUCGUUAGUAGAGAAGAAAAUACAGCUGCACUGUUAUCAUGCAGUCCCUUCAGAAACAGUAGUCUUAAUGAGUAUUCCAUUUAAUACUCAUCAUUUACGUAUUACAAAUCCUCCAAAACAAUAAUUUGAAGUCAAACUCAAGGCAAAGCAUCUUUUUACCACUCAUUGAUACUGAAACAAUUUCAAUAGGGCUGAUUAAAACAUGGCACAUUAAGAUCUUUACCUCAGUGAAGCAGUGGCCUCUUUAGCAAUAAAUAAAUAGAAGGCAGAGGGAAGAAAAACAUUUUUUGUAAGUAGUUUCAGAUAACUAAAGGUAAAUGUGCCAAACAGAAACUAAGGUUUAAAAAAAGACAGAUUUGAUGACUCAUUAGAAUCAGGAAUUAUCAUUUGUCAGUCCUUCUGUCAUUGUCUCUCUCACCCGGAAAAUGUUUAGACAGCUCAGAAUUUUCAAUGUUAUGCUAUUAUUUUACAUUUUUAGCUCUUAACCAGUUGUUCUAGUUUCAAUAAUUAGUAGAUGCUUUUUUGCUGUUUUAUUUAUUAUUUGGUAUCCUUCUAGGGAGGACACAGCAGUAUUUUCUCCCUAUUCUCUUUAGAAUGUCUUUUAUGAAUGCCAUAUUAUAACAUUGUAUUAAAACACAGCAAAAUGUGUUCAGCAGUAGAAAAAUGUGUUCAGCAGUUCCAAGAUGCUCUUGAAUGGUGCUGUGGACCUGCCUACACUAAGUAUGUUUAGUUUCCUAAUACUGCAUUUUAUACCCAGCAUUAUUUUGUUGCCUCUUGGUAACUGUGAUAAGGAAAGAAAAUCUAUCAAAUAAUUUUGUAAAAAUAUGGACUCAUAUCUUUCAUGUGACAAGUAAAAUGUGUACCUUAAACUCCUCUGUAUAAAACUAUUCAAAUUUUAAUAACAUUUACCUAAUCUUCUUAAUUUUAAUUGUGUAUUAACAUGAUAGUUGAUGUUAUUAAAAUGUAUAUGCUUCCUCUAAAUGAGGAAAAAUAAUGUAAUAAAAUUAUAUUUCAAAAUAA